GCAGUCUGUCUCUUUUCCCUAAACCCUCUCGAGAACAAGCAAGUCACAUACGACCAUGGCGAUAAAGGAUAUUUGACAUGUGGAGCUCAGUGCUCAGACAUGGUAAUUUUUUGGAACCGGGAAGUGAACGUUCUGGUUGCGGGAUACGAAACGGGGAUAAUAAUGUCAAUGUAGUAUUUCAAGACCGCCAUUGAGGGGCAAAAAGAGCAGAGAAGAGAAGAUCCCACUCCCUCUUUCCCUCGCUCUCUCCCUCCGUUUGUUGUUUUUCUUCGCCGUCAGAGAAUAGGUACGGCCGGGCAAUGGAGGGCGCCGCCGGGCAUCGAGACAGUCCACCGUCGUCGCUUACAAUCCCUCUCAUUCUCUCCUCCGAAAACGACACUGAUAAGAAGCCCGAGCAUUUCGACGCCAAGGGUUACAGCAACGCCAAUCACCUCCACCACCACCAAAUACUACUCCACCACCACCACUACUCCGCCACUGAUGGCGGCGGCGGCGAGGGCACCACCACAUUCUUCAACACCUGCUUCAAUGGCCUCAACGCGUUGUCAGGUGUUGGGAUACUUUCAACCCCAUACGCUCUAGCAUCGGGAGGAUGGUUGAGCUUGAUCUUCCUAAUGGUAAUCGCCGGUGCAACCUUCUACGCAGGUUUGCUAAUCAAAAGAUGCAUGGAGGAAGAUUCCAGCAUCAGAACUUAUCCCGACAUAGGAGACCGUGCAUUUGGCAGGAAAGGACGGCUCGUGGUAUCGGUCUUCAUGAAUGUAGAGCUUUACUUGGUUGCAACAGGAUUCCUGAUACUCGAAGGGGAUAACUUGGUGAACUUGUUUCCAGACAUGGCAAUAGAAAUUGCAGGGUUCCACCUAGGGGGCAGGCAAAGCUUCGUCAUACUUGUUGCACUCAUCAUUUUGCCUUCAGUUUGGCUCGACAACCUGAGCUUGCUCUCCUACGUCUCUGCGAGUGGAGUUUUGGCUUCUGCCAUCAUCCUUGCUUCGAUUUUCUGGACAGGAGCGUUCGAGGGAGUUGGGUUUCGUCAUACUGGUACGCCAUUGAACUUGGGUGGAAUCCCAACUGCGGUUAGCUUGUAUGCCUUCUGUUAUUGUGCGCAUCCCGUCUUCCCAACUCUCUACACAUCCAUGAAGAAUAAGCAACAGUUCUCCAAUGUCCUACUAUUGUGUUUCAUCCUCUGCACAUUCUGCUACGCGUCGAUGGCUGUUCUCGGGUACAUGAUGUUUGGACCGCAUGUCCAAUCCCAGAUAACAUUAGACCUUCCAACGAACAAGUUCAGCGCGAAGCUAGCAAUCUACACUACUUUGGUCAACCCAGUUGCCAAGUACGCUCUCAUGGUCACCCCCAUUGUGAACGUAGCCAAAAAGAGGUUCCGUGCUUACUGCAACAAGAGGCCAUUCAGCAUGUUCAUCAGCACUGCAUUCGUCAUCAGCACAGUAAUUGUAGCUCUAGCACUGCCUUUCUUCGGUGAACUCAUGUCGCUGGUCGGAGCGUUCUUGAGCGUCACUGCGUCCAUCAUACUUCCCUGUGGAUGUUACUUGAAGAUCUCCGGCAGCUACAGGAGGUUUUCGCUCGAAACGGUGCUUCUCUGGGGGAUAGUGGUGUUAGGUGUCAUCAUUGUUGUGUUUGGGACGUACAUCUCUCUGGUGCAGAUAUUGCACCAGCUGUUAUAACUGGAGGGAGGGGAAGAAACCAUGAAGCCAAAGAUCUAACAUGGAGAAAGAUUUCCAAAGGUAAAAACUGUAUGUAAAUUCUUAAGUUUACAGCCGAUGAUGAUGAAAAGAUUCUUGCUUUGCGAGGCUUGUGAGCCAGAGGUGGGGGGAGAGAAGGCAGUGUUUGGAGCUGGACUUUUGUAGGUUUUUUGGGGUUGGACUUGAAAGAGUCUCGACUUUAGUUUAGCUUUUGCAAGUCCCCACUGAAAGUUAAUGCAGAUCAGCUGUUUUCAGGCUCGCCGAUGACAUACAAAAGCUUUCCGAUUUGCU